GGGCGGAAGCGCGGCCCCGCCUGGCGGCGGGGAGGGACGGAGGGACCGCGGCUGCGGGCACCGCUCGGCGCCGCCGCUACCGGAGCCGGAGCCAGAGCCGGAGCCGGAGCCGGAGCCGGAGCCGGGGCGUCCCGCGCCCUGCCGUAGGGCUCUCCGCCCCCGGAGCGCGGAGGCUGCGGGAGCGGCGCGGGGAAGAUGCCCCUGGCUCAGCUGGCGGACCCCUGGCAGAAGAUGGCUGUGGACAGCGCGGCCGAGAGCGGCGCCGAGAAUGGACAGCAAAUUGUGGAUGAACCUAUGGGAGAAGAUGAUAUCAACCCACAAACUGAAGAAGGAAAUAUCAAAGAAAUUGCAAUAACUCAUCAUGUAAAGGAAGGACACGAGAAAGCAGACCCUUCACAGUUUGAACUUCUAAAAGUGCUCGGACAAGGAUCCUUUGGGAAGGUAUUUCUUGUCAAAAAAAUCUCAGGAUCAGAUGCCAGGCAGCUUUAUGCAAUGAAGGUGUUGAAAAAGGCCACCUUGAAAGUUCGAGAUCGGGUUCGGACAAAAAUGGAACGUGAUAUAUUAGUAGAAGUUAACCAUCCUUUUAUUGUCAAGUUACAUUAUGCUUUUCAAACAGAAGGGAAGCUGUAUCUUAUUUUGGAUUUCCUCAGGGGAGGAGACUUGUUUACACGUUUAUCCAAAGAGGUGAUGUUCACAGAAGAUGAUGUUAAAUUUUACCUAGCAGAAUUAGCACUUGCUUUAGACCAUCUACAUAGUCUUGGAAUAAUAUACCGGGACCUAAAACCAGAAAACAUCCUGCUUGAUGAAGAAGGACAUAUCAAAUUGACAGAUUUUGGCUUAAGUAAGGAGUCAAUUGAUCAUGAGAAAAAGGCCUACUCUUUCUGUGGAACAGUGGAAUAUAUGGCACCAGAAGUCGUUAAUCGACGAGGCCAUACACAGAGUGCAGACUGGUGGUCUUUUGGUGUUUUAAUGUUUGAAAUGCUCACUGGUACUCUACCUUUCCAAGGGAAAGACAGAAAAGAAACCAUGACUAUGAUUCUCAAGGCGAAACUUGGAAUGCCCCAGUUUUUGAGUCCUGAAGCACAGAGUCUUCUGCGAAUGCUCUUCAAAAGAAACCCAGCAAACAGAUUAGGAGCAGGUCCAGAUGGAGUUGAAGAAAUUAAGAGACAUCCAUUUUUUUCCAAAAUAGAUUGGAAUAAAUUGUACAGGAGAGAAAUUCAUCCUCCUUUUAAACCUGCAACUGGCAGACCAGAAGAUACAUUUUAUUUUGAUCCUGAGUUUACAGCUAAAACUCCAAAAGAUUCGCCUGGUAUUCCACCUAGUGCUAAUGCACAUCAACUUUUUCGUGGAUUUAGUUUUGUAGCUAUUGCAUCAGAUGAUGAAAGCCAAUCAAUGCAGACAGUUGGAGUGCAUUCAAUUGUCCAGCAGUUGCACAGGAACAGCAUUCAGUUUACCGAUGGAUAUGAAGUAAAAGAAGAUAUUGGUGUUGGGUCUUACUCUAUCUGCAAAAGAUGUAUUCAUAAAGCUUCAAACAUGGAAUAUGCUGUAAAGAUCAUUGACAAGAGUAAAAGAGAUCCAACAGAGGAGAUUGAAAUCCUUCUGCGCUAUGGACAGCAUCCAAAUAUUAUUACUCUAAAAGAUGUGUAUGAUGAUGGAAAAUAUGUGUAUGUAGUAACAGAACUUAUGAAAGGAGGAGAGCUGCUGGAUAAAAUUCUUAGGCAAAAAUUUUUCUCAGAACGAGAAGCUAGUGCUGUUCUGUUCACAAUAACAAAAACAGUUGAAUACCUCCAUGCUCAAGGGGUUGUUCAUAGAGACCUGAAACCUAGCAAUAUUCUUUAUGUUGAUGAAUCUGGUAAUCCAGAAUCAAUUCGAAUUUGUGAUUUUGGCUUUGCAAAACAACUACGAGCAGAAAAUGGUCUUCUGAUGACUCCAUGUUACACAGCAAAUUUUGUUGCACCAGAGGUUUUAAAGAGGCAAGGCUAUGACGCUGCAUGUGACAUAUGGAGCCUUGGUGUUCUGCUUUAUACUAUGCUUACUGGCUACACUCCUUUUGCAAAUGGUCCUGAUGAUACCCCAGAGGAGAUUUUGGCCCGAAUAGGUAGUGGGAAGUUCUCUCUCAGCGGUGGUUAUUGGAAUACUGUAUCAGAUACAGCAAAGGAUCUUGUUUCAAAAAUGCUUCAUGUUGACCCACAUCAAAGGCUGACUGCAGCCCAAGUUCUUAGCCAUCCCUGGAUAGUUCACUGUGACCAGUUGCCUCAAUACCAGCUGAACAGGCAGGAUGCUCCACAUUUAGUGAAGGGUGCAAUGGCAGCGACUUAUUCUGCUUUGAAUCGUAAUCAGUCACCGGUUUUGGAGCCAGUUGGCCGUUCUACUCUUGCUCAGAGGAGAGGUAUAAAAAAAAUUACCUCAACAGCCCUGUGAAGUGACCUCACCCAGAUAUUUGGUACCAUGGUAUAAGAUGAUAGCACAAAUCAUGGCGACAGGUAGCACAUAUCUGACAGAUACCUGCAAGCACACUCUGUCCCAGCUGGUACCUAUAAUGCUGCUGCUCCUGCUGCUGCUACUGCUUUCAUCUAUUCUCGCUUUAAAAACUGUUGAUGGCAAGUUACUGAUCUUACUGGAGCUUCAAAUGGAGUGACAAGUGGAAACACGAUGAAAAUGAUCAUGUUCACAAUUGAAUAAACCAGAAGAAUUACAAAUGCCACCUCUGUCAAAAAUACACUGAAUAAAGCACUCUGCACCACAUAGCAUUAUUUUUUAUAAGGAAUAUUUUUUGUCCCCUAACAUAUUCUUUGUUACAGGUAGAGAUGGACAGUUUAUGUUAAGCACUUAGCUUAAAUGAUCUGUUUAUAUUAGCACUAUAUACUUUGUGCCAUCCAACAUUUUGUAUGUUUUUGUAAACAGUUCAUGAGCAGCACAUUUCUGUGCUGUUUUCUUUAAUGUAUACAUGCCUUGUUUUACUUAGAUAUUAUUAACCAUUUUGACAAUUAAGUCUGAUUAAACAGUUCACCUGGAUUAAUCAGCAUUGUUGGACAGCUCUAAAAGAAGCCUGACUGUUAAACAGCUAUUGAAUGUAAUACUAUGAAUAUGUAUUUCUCCUUGCCUAUGUUUUUUCUACAUUUCCAUGUUUUUGACGCUGCAUGUCAUGUUAUAAAAACCAGGAUGCUGUUUAUAGUAUUCAAAAUUUAAACAGUGGAUCUCUCGCCAUACUAUAUAUACAAUAGAUAAUAUAACCCAGAGAAAAGAUAACUUGCUCCAUAUCUCACUAUGUGUUCUGUUCCUCCUCUCCUCCCUUUUAUUUUGCCCCAUCUAAUCUCUGGACUCAGGAAUCAUUACUAAAUACUUUUGGAUAGAGAACAUUUCUAUAUUGUUUAUUCGUAUAAUCCAUUGUUAAUAUUUUAGCUCUAUUCUGUGACUUUUUUGUUUAAGCUGCAGAGGAUUUGUUCAGUGAAUGUUGGUAUUAUAGAAGAAAGGCAGCAUUGAAGAGAAAGCAAAACAAUGUCCACUAAUAAGCCCGGAAAAAGCAGGUUUAAACUGCAUUCACUGUAGUUGGAAAACUGAUGGAUCCAAUGUUCUGCCAGUUAACUUCUCAUAAUUUUAAGUGACAGCCUAAACAAAACACAGAGAAUCAUGCUGAUCUGUCUGGGAUUGGAAAAGGUCGUUGUAAUUUACCAUGAAAAAUAGUAUUUUUCCAGGUUGGGUAAAGCAAAAUGCUCAGAAAUGAGUGUUCUCACUUUUCCACAGCUGAAAGCAAAUUUGUAAUAGGGGUGGAAGACUUGUUUUUAAAUACUAAUGCUAACUUUUAACGCUCUGUUCUCCUCGUAUCUUCAGUAAUUAAAGACAUGUCUUGAUAGCUGGUCUUGAAAGCUCAGUUGCCCAAAUGAGAAGCAUGCUGGAAUGUGUCUGAACUGGGAUGAGUACCCAACUCCACCAAAAUACUGUGCUACGUCAGCUUGAUCCAGAUAUGAAAAUGGUUGUUAGGACCUCCAGCUUUAAAAAACGUAGGUCCAGGUGAACAUCUCUGUGUGAACCAAUACAGUUGAAAAAGUAAAAGCUGCGAUUUUACAUGAGAAGGUGUUUUCUUGAUUAGUAGUAUAACAUUUCUUUUAUAGUGAUUAAUUUGCUGCUUUCCCUGAAAUCAUCAGAGGGGAAAUCAUCUUCACAACACCACAGAUUUGCUUUAUGUGAAUGUUAGAAUGUUCCUUCUGACACAAGUUUUCCCAAGUUCUUUGGGAAAACUCCCUUUGUUAAGCUUGCAAAGGAUCCCAUUUCAUUUCCCUUCUUAAAAAUCUGUUAAAUAUUUAAUCCAUGAUGAUAAUUUGUCCCAGUGCUGAUCUCAUUUAUUUGGCAAAGCUGCUAGAAAAUCAGACUCCCUAAAUCCAGAUCUAGUACUUCAUCAAUAGUCCAAACAUGUAUUUUUUUAUUUAUAUUUUUUGCUUUUACAUGCACUGGUAUUCUUCAUAUAUUGCCUUUAAUGGCUAAGGAAUUGGUUUAGGAGCAAAGAUACUUAAUGACCAUCAAUCUCAGAAACUUAAACACACAGUUCUUCAGGGUAAUUAGCAUUUUUCCCUUACUUGGUGCUCUAGCAUUGAAGUUUACUUCAGCUGUACAGGUGCAUCUACCCUUUGUUCAAGAAACAUCUUUAACUAGUAGCAGAAAAAGGCCAUCUUGACUUUUUGUUGUUGUUUGACAGUGUCAGCAGUUUCAGAGGUAUUUAAAAAAAAAAAACAAAAAAAAAACUUCUCACUUUUCAGAAAAUAUAUUUUCAGCUCUGUGAGUGACUGUGAGUCAGACUUAUCAAAUCCUAGAAAUCAUGCCUUCUGGAAUUGUUUUUAAAGUGUUAAUCUGAAUAUUGUCAUAUCUAGUCAAUAAACAAGAUGUAAAAGUGAUACUGUUGAAGUAAAGGAAUGGCAGUACUUGCUGAUGUGUUGGUAAUAGUAUUCUAGUUCAGGAAGGAGUUUCUCCCAUGUUCUCAAUGUGCAUAGAUAGCUGGCACAGAACAGAUGGAAAGGAAGUAUUAAGAUGCUUCUCUAUUGGCAAUUAUCCAUGUUAAAAUGAUAUAAAAAUCUCAGUUCAGCCAUUUUUUGUAGCUCUCAUGCUCACUGGUCAUGAGUCAAAUAGCCAAGCAAUGUCAACUCCUGCAUUUUAGGUUAUCUACAUUCUCAAGUAAGCUGAUAAUUUAGUCUAGAUUUGACAGAUGUUGCUACUGUUUUGUAUGUAGUGACACAGGAUGAACAUUUAGAUGUCAGUAAAACAGGACGGUUUAGUGUAUAGUGAUGAAGUAUCAGAUGUGUUGAAGUCUAGAUCCACUAUUUUUUUCAAAGUUGCUUUCUAAACAAAGUUAGAAAUGGCCCAUCUAUGCAGGUAGUACGUUUUACAGGCUAGACUUGCUUCUAUACCUUUCCUCCAUUUUUGGAUCUAUGUUCACAACUUUCACAUUUACUUUUGGUUUUCUAGCUGCAGUUUGUUAAAAGCUGUAAAGAAAUCCACAUAAUGCUUCUUUGAAUCCUAGCACCUUUCUAUUAGAAUGUAUGGGUGAGACACUGUUAGAUUCCCUGCUGGACUGCUGCUUGGUACAAAGCAUAGCAGGAUACCAAGUUCUGGAGGAUUUAAAAAAUAAUAAUAAUAAUAAAAAUAGAAAUGCAGGUGAAUUUCCUAUAUGUAGCCCAUCAUUUAUUUUCAGUGUGAAAUUACUGUACUUGAGAGCAUGAGAGAACAGCGGGGGAGAGAGUAGUUGCAAUACUCAUUUAAUGCCAUCUGUAUCUAGUAAGUUCUUCAUUCAAUGUUACAGUAAUUAUGAAUAAAACUUAUAAGGAAUUUUUCAAGGGAAUAUUUAAAACCUUUUUUCUAAAGAGUCUAGGGCAUAAGAAAAUAGAUUUGCGUGUCCGGGUUUUUUUUUUCUUUUGUUUUGCUUUUGUAAGUGUGGUGUACCAACUAAAGCUGUGCUUUUUUAUUACUGGAAGGAAAGGAUUCAAGGUAUGCUGGUCCUCAGUAAGCAGCAGUGGUUAAUGGAUGAAUUUUCACUUAUGAAAAUGAUGUAAAUUAGCUUUAUCUUGAUACUCUUGACCUAAUCAAAGGGAAGGUGUACUUAUGAGGGAUGUAAUUAUUUUGCAACCUAGAUGGGGGGGAGUCUACUUAAAAACAUUUUUAAAAAAUGACAAAAUCACAGAUAAAAUAUUUUUCUACAAUUCUAUACAAUCAUACUUUAUACUAGUUUUCUCAGCAUGGCACGUGAGUGAGUCUAAGGUACUAUUCCAGGAAGUCAGUGGUAUUGUACCUUAUUCUAGACCAUUACAAUAGCAUCUGAUAGAUGCUUGGCACUGCUGUCAUAGAUUUGAAAUGCUAGUUAAAAAAAUGUACUGAAUACUUUAAAUGAUUGUUUUAUUCAGAGUUUGAUCUAGGAAAUGUUCCAAUCAUGCUAUUACUGUGUAAUCAGAACUGUUCCAGAUAUAACUAUGAACAGUUCUGGAGAGAUAAUGUUGCUUGUACUCCUGUCUAAUGGCAGGUUUUGUAGUCUUCAAAAGAAAUUGAAAUUUCUACUAUGAAUAAACUUUCAAACAUAUUACAA